AUGAUCAAGCAACGUCUCUUCUCUCUCGCUCGCACCGUACGCCAUGAGAACCCACUGGGUCUACCCCGACAUGGCUCAGUGCCGCGCUUCCAGCGCGGCCUCCCCGAGCGGCGACGCAUUCGCGAUGUGGCCAAGGUCAUUGCCAUUUCUUCAGCCAAAGGCGGUGUUGGAAAAUCUACUAUCGCAGUCAAUCUAGCCUUGGCUUUUGCCCGUCGUGGUCUACGAUCCGGCUUAUUAGAUACAGAUAUCUUUGGGCCUUCAGUGCCUACACUUAUGAAUCUUUCGGGUGAACCACGCCUAUCUGCAAAUGAUGAGCUUAUUCCCUUGUCGAACUACGGAGUCAAGUCCAUGUCCAUGGGGUACCUAGUGGGAGAAAAUUCGCCUGUAGUCUGGCGGGGUCUAAUGGUCAUGAAGGCAUUACAGCAACUGUUACACAGUGUCGAUUGGGGCGGCUUAGAUGUGCUAGUGUUGGAUCUACCUCCGGGAACUGGAGACACACAACUUACGAUUACACAGCAAAUCGUGCUUGAUGGCUCAAUUAUAAUCUCCACACCGCAAGAUAUAGCCCUCAAAGACGCAGUCAAGGGUAUCAACAUGUUUAAGACUACUGGAGUCCCUAUCCUUGGAAUGAUUCAAAAUAUGAAUACAUUUUAUUGCCCUCACUGUCAUGAAAGCACUGAUAUAUUUAGGAACAACCAAGGUAUCAAACGUGCAUGCGAAAACUCCAAUAUUGAGUUACUAGGGGAAAUUCCAUUGCAUGCUAAUAUUUGCGAUGAUGCCGAUAGAGGAAAACCUACGGUGAUCGCGGAACCAGACAGCGUCCGGGCAAAAAUCUUUGUAAAUAUUGCAGAAAAGAUAGCUACUCUUGUAGGCUUAUCUAAGUCGUGA